UGGCCGAGAUGGAGAAUGCCUUGUGUAAGGCUAGCGGACAAGUCGAACGAGCUAAUGCUGCUGUUCGUAGGCUUGAAAUUGAGAAUGCUGUACUAAGGAGGGAAAUGGAAGCUGCCAAAUUUCGUGCAGCAGAGUCAGCUGCGAGCUGUCAGGAAGUAUCAAAGAGGGAAAAGAAGACGCUUAUGAGGUUCCAGUCAUGGGAGAAGCAGAAAGCUAUAUUUCAGGAUGAACUUAUAGCUGAAAGACGAAAGCUGGUGGAACUGCAACAACGGCUGGAGCAAGCUAGAGAUGUUCAAAACCAGCUCGAGGGUAGAUGGAAGCAGGAAGAAAAGGCCAACGAAGACUUACUUAGGCAGGCUAGUUCAGUAAGGAAAGAGAGAGAAGAAAUUGAAACUUCAGCCAAAUCCAAGGAGGAUAUGACCAAAUUAAAAGCUGAAAGUAGUUUACAGAAGUUUAAAGAUGAUAUUGAAAAGCUAGAAAAGGAAAUAUCCCAGCUCAGACUGAAGACCGAUUCUUCAAAGAUAGCUGCUCUUAAAAGAGGCAUAGAUGGAAGCUAUGCUAGCAAACUGGCAGACUUUAGAAGUGCUUCAUUACAAAAGGACACUCAAAUGCCUAAUAUCUCCUCAAUGGUGACAGAUUUUGAGGAAUACUCUCGGGAUGGAGGGGUGAAACGAGAGCGUGAGUGUGUGAUGUGCUUGUCGGAGGAGAUGUCUGUGGUUUUUCUACCAUGUGCUCAUCAGGUGGUAUGCACGACAUGCAACGAGCUCCACGAGAAGCAGGGAAUGAAAGAAUGUCCUUCUUGUAGGAGCCUGAUCCAGCAGCGGAUUUCUGUGCGUUAUGCGCGUACUUAAAAUGUCACUUCAGGGAAUGAGUUAAAGCUAUCAAAAUAAAUGAUUCAUGAAACUUCAUAAUGAAUAAUACAUUUGUGUGGCCCCUUUCGGAAGUCUGGACAAUUAUGCUUGCAAUAUGUGACUGUUUUCAAGAAUGAAAAAGUAACAUAAAAAAGAAAAGCAAAAAACAAAAAGAGAAAAGAGUGUUUAAGUGUGGCCGUUGUAAAUCAUCUAUUCCCUUUCAAAUAAAACUUGAGUUUUCCUCCUUGUUUUCUU